GUGAGCCGCAACUCCUUUGAGCUUUUGGAGCUGAAGCGGAUCCCGAUCCUGACCUUUGAUGCUCGGAAGGGCAUUCUCGAAACUUGCAUAGCGCAUGAGCUGACGAACGGCUUCUCCGAGAUCAGCAUUGUCGGCAUGACUCAGCGUGGCAGCGAUGGACAACAACACUACAACAUCUUCCGGGAAACAGAGAUCGUCGUGGUGGGAGAGCGCGCUGUCGCCCUGGAGAAGUCCGGCGACGAGAACUGCUGGAAUCCUUCCAAGCAUGGCCUGCAGGAUGUGGCUGACUCCGAGGACUCGGUCCUUGAAGGCGGCGUCCUCCUUUGCGGCUCCAGAGCUGUGGACCUGUCAACUGCGCCGAUGCCGGGACACGGGGGCUGGGUGACUCUCGCACUCGACGUGGCCGGUGCUCCCGCAUGCGAUCGAAUAUUGAGGUGGCGUCAGAGCACAAGCAUCGUUGGAUCCAUGUGGCGCUACCAUGAGUGGUGCUACGAGACCUUCAAGUUCAAAGCGCCGGCAGUCAAGGUGCCGGCUCGACUCUCAUCUCAGCCUCACAGCCACGAGCGGGACGUCCUGUGGGUUGAUUUCUGCGACCAGGUCGAGGGCAAGUUUUGGCCGGUGUCACCAGACUGGGCUGAAGCCCAGAGUGGCUGGGAGCAGGUCCAUGCCAAAGGAGCGGCAGUUCUAGCCUUCUGUCGACACUUGGGUGGCUGGUGUCUUUUCGCCGACCUUUGGACCUUGGACUGCCACCUGUACCAGCUGGAGCACGCUGUGGCUGACUCUGGGCUGAAGCCGCGCCCAGAGGGCGACACGCAGCUCCUGUAUCGGUGCGUCGGACCGUCGCCCCUCGGUCGCUGGGAAGCCGUUCUUGGUCCCGAGCCUGCGCCAAAUGUCCGCAUUUGGAAGCCAACGGCAAAAGUGCCUUCGAUCGCAAAUCCCAGCGUGCUGGAUCAAAUCCUGGCAUUCCUUCUUGAUUUUGAGGAGGUGCAGUGGCGAGGAUACGUUCACCGAAAGAUUCUGCACGGCCUCAGUGCCGCACAGAUUGGAGCUCGCUUAUUCUGCAUCAUCAAUGACUGCUGCAGCAUUCGGGCGGUGUCUCGCUUGUAUCUCGCGGCUGGGUCGCGCUGCGCUUGCCGCUGGAGCUCUGCUCUUCGCAGAUUACUUCAGCUACCGACGAGGCCAAGGGCACCCGCCGUGCAUGCGGCACGUGACUCUGUGGUUCAUGCCGUGGUGCCGGGUGUCCGGCUUUUUUCUGCCGACAUCCUAAGAUGCUGCAUGUCGAUGCUGCCCGAUGAGACUGUGGCUCAGCUGGAGCAGGCUGCACUGGCCUUUGCCAACUUGCUGGGGACAAGCCGGCGGAGAGCUGUCUGCUGGUGGAGGUCCCUACAACCCCUUCGGCAGGCCGCGGCCGCGUUUCACGCCACCAGCUGCUCCUGGUUCACGCCGCUAGACGUGGCCGACCAGCCAAGCUUUCAGGAACGCUCCUGGGCGGCCUCCAUCAGUGCUGUCACUGUGAGCACGCGAGUUGCUGGAAAGGCCAAGUGGAACUGCGACGAGUGCAAAGCACUUCACCGGGCAUGGGCGUCAUGUGUAAGGUUUGCCCAUUCCCUUCUGGACCAGGUGCCUGUGUGUUGGAACCGAGAGGCCCGCAGCAACACGGAGCGUCAGUCCUCCCAGAAUGGCGUGCCUCUUGAGACAGUUUUUGCCGGGAACUUGGUCAACACUCCUGCGGCCCUGAAAGCGCGCGGUCAGCUGCUGCUGGAGAGCGGCCAGCUUCACCGCCUAGAUGGGGUCCUUUUGGAUCAACAGGCACUUGUGGCCUUCCAACGCAUGAGAAGCUCUCUCGAGAAGGGCGUUGCGGUCAAAUUUCUUGGAUGUCGGCGUGGCUACUGCUCCCAGAGGCUUCUACCAGGGACGAACCGGUGUCAAUGGGCAGCCUUCGCUGCGCAAGCGGAGCUCUCCGAUAACCACGACGAAAGCACCUGUCCCAUCUGCAGUGACAGUCGUGGCUGGUCGCAGCUCCAUUCCAACCUGAUCUACACAUUUGAGUACUCGGGCUUGCCCUGCGCAUACGAGUACGAGCAGCGCUACGAACACGCGGAGCCUUCCAGAAUCAGCUUGAUCGUGCAGAUCUCAAUCGAGGCAUUUGUGGUGCCGUUUCUGUUCAUGUCGACCGAUCGCCCGCUGCAGUAUAUGGAGGACGAGACAACGGAGGUGUCAUCUGUCAAUUGGACCCCGACAUUGACAGACAGCAACCCGGAGGAUGAAGAGCAGAGCGACGACCUUGACGACUUCUUUGACCAGAAUGCCACUGGAGACGCCGAAGAUGAGCGAUUGUUUAAUUGA